GUAACAGGAAUGGUUGGGUUGGUAAUAAUCGUGGUACAAAGCAAGAAAGCGGGUUGCUAGUUGGUGGUAAACCGAAGCUCGUAGAAGUUAAAUAUUUGUUUAGAAACCGGCAUGGCAUAAUUAUGUUUACAUAAAAGUUGAAUCAAAUAUUUCAUUAUAUGUGAAAGCCUGUAUGUGUCUUAACUAGUGGUAUAUUGUAUAUCCCACACUAUAGGAAAUACCUAGUAGUAGGGUGACAAAGUGAUGUUCCACACUGUAAUUGCUUACACUGAAGUCACUGAAGAUGAAUGCAAGGUAUUCUCUUCCAAUUUUAAUUGGCUUGACUGUAACAGGGAUAUCAGCUGCUUACCUGCUGUACUUACUUUUCAGAAAGGAUGAAGAAGAUUUGGAUGUGCAUUUUCAGAGGGUCAAAACUUCACGACCUGCACGUAUUGUAGUGAAGAUUCCAAAGGAAUGUGUUGGUGUUGUAAUCGGCCGAGGUGGAAGCAGUAUUAAGGACAUUCAAGAGAAAACUGACACAAAAAUAAUUUUUAAAGUUGAAUUGGAAACUGAUCAACAUCGAGUCUGUGUCAUUCAAGGCACUCCCGAAGGUGCACAACUUGCAGAAUCCCUUAUUCAUGAUAUCAUAUUUAACCAGCCUUUGAUUGAAACCCAUGAGAUGUUUGUACCACAGCAUGUAUGUGGCAGAAUAAUUGGUAGGAAUGGGGAUAGCAUCCGAAACAUUUCUCGAGCUUCAAACGCAAAUAUCAUAUUGGAGGGAAGCAGUACCAGUGCCAGAGAGAUGAUUGGAACUCGGAGAAUCAUAAUCAAGGGAACGACCGAACAGAUCGCACUGGCAAAGUCACUGAUUGAAGAGAAGGUGAUAGAGGACAUUGAGAUGAGAGAAAAAAUUUAUGAGAGUCUAGAGAAAAGAUCUCCCCGUAAGAGGACUGGUCUGCAGUACCUCAUGUCAGCUGAGGCAGUAGAGGAGGAACGGAUGAAGAGACACAAUACUGAGAGUUUGAUGACAUCAGGCAAGGAUGGUUUCAUGGAAGUUUAUGUGUCAGCAGUGGAGCACCCUGGGCAUUUCUGGGUCCAGGUGAUUGGACCACGUGCUGUAGACCUUGAUCACUUGGUGGAAGAAAUGACUGAAUUCUACAGGAACGAGGGGAAUCGCGAGUUACAUGCCAUCAAAGAGGUGACAGUAGACCAGCUCGUGGCAGCACCAUACAGCCAUGAUGAUAAGUGGUAUCGUGCCAGAGUGACUGAGCUGGUACCGGAUGACUAUGAUAUUGAAGAGAGUCAAGUGACCCUUUACUAUCUUGACUAUGGAGACUCGGACACGCUCCGAAAGAAAGAGGUUUGUUCCCUGCGGGCUGACUUUUUGAAGCUGAGGUACCAGGCCAUUGAGUGCUCCAUUGCGAAGGUGAAACCAAAAGAAGGGGGCUGGACAGACGAAGCUACAGACUUGUUUGAGGACCUAUGUCACGUGGCACAGUGGCGAGUGUUGAUGGCCCAUGUGGAUUCUUACAGAGAACGGGCACAGGGCGAACGUGAAGGUAGUCCUAUUCCUGUCGUGGAACUGUUUGAUACAAGUGGAGCUCAGGAUAUCUGUGUGGCAAAGGAGCUGGUUAAGCAAGGGUAUGCGACAUGGGAGAAGAAUCCUAAAGAAGAGCAGCAGAGGAUUGUGGGUAAACAGAUGCAGCAACUGCAGACAGCCAGUAGUGGAAGUGCAUCACCUGGCAUGAAAAGGAAUGCUGUAGUCAAUGAUACUAGUGAAGAAGACCAUAAGAACAGCAUGGCAUCUGAAGACAGCAGUAAGAUAAAGUCAGAGGAAAGUGGAGUGCGUGAAGACAAGAAACUGGUACCGGGUUGUCAACGGCUGCCUGCAGAAUUUUUGAAUGAGUAUGACAGUGGCAGCGAACUAGAGAUGGGUUAGUUUCGUUAUGUUAGCAGUCAGUGUAGACAACACUAGCCUAUAUUAUGUAAAUAAAAACUGAAGUCUUGAUGAAACCUGAAAAAGGUAUGUUCUUUAGAUCUUUAACAUAUUCUGACUUGCGUGAAAAUUGAUUAAACAUCUUCACGGCUAAGCCAUUUCUUCCAGAGACAAGUUUUUGGAAACAUAUUUCUGACACAGCUUGAAUUAUUCAUAUUUCAGUGAAGUGUUUUUUUUUACCUAUUGUCUAAACUGCUCCCUCUUGAUAAGAUACAUUUACUGAUAAUUAUAUAUAAACUACAAAUACAAGCCCUAAAAUCAUGUGCCAUAUCAGGAAUUUUCAUUCACAACAAUAUUUGUUGCACUGAAAUAGAAACUUUCCACACUAGCUGACUUAUGUACCAGUUUAAGUAAUAACACAGCCAAACAUUUGAGCAUAAACCUUGUUUAUGUAAAGUACAUCAUCCUUUAAUGUCUCCACCAGGAUGCAUCAUUUUAUGAAAAAUACUUUAUUCUUUUCUCUUCUACCAUAGGCACUCCUUUUUUAUC